ACCAAUGGUGCAAAACUCAUAAAGUUGAAGGACUAUUUAUGAACUUUUAAAACUUGAAAGACCAAUCGUGCACAACUAAUAAAGUUGAAGGACCAAUGGUGGAUUUUAGCCUAUAUCAAAUGGCCCUGUACACAGAGACACUUUGCACUUUGGGGCAUAGUCGUGAAAAUAGAUCAAAUUUGUCUCAGUUACGUAGUCUUAAAUGUGUUGUACCUUUGUUGAUGAGCAUUUGAGUUAGAGGAUCAACGGAAUAAAAAACAACUCAUUGAUGAAGAUGGAGAUCCUCAUGCUCCAAACGACAAAAUUGUUGAAGUGGUGCACCAAAUUAAAAGGCAUGCAGGCUCAUCAUCAACACAAUGUUUGAUCCAAAAAUGACUUAGGAUGGUGCACCAAGGAAACCCAAAGAGGAAACCAUUUUGUCAUCUAAUCUUGUACCGCGCCACGCGCCCCACCUAAAGGCAAACCAAAUUUUGGGGGUUUACUUCAAACCAUGAAACUCGUGAUGAUGUAUAUCGUUAUCUACUCCCUCCUCUCAUCUCUUGUGUGUAUAUUCUUUCUUCUUCUUUUUCUUAUGUUCACAUUUGUAGGUGUCCUCACAUGCCUAUGCAUAUAUAUAGACCUUGCCCCUACUCGAAUGUAGAGAGGCUGUUUCCAAAGAGACCCCCGGCUCAACGUCGAAAGUUGCAUUGCUUGACUAACUGCUACUUCAUUAAUUAAAGAAGCGCAGACAGUUUAGAGAUCCAUUUUGAUUUAUUUUUACUUGUCAAGGAACGGAAAAUAUUUGAAAUAAGGAUGGAUCCUAUCCACAAUCACGGAUGAGGUCUCCGACCUUGUGCUCGCCAACAAUCUCUCUGCUCAUGCCCUAUGGACGGAAAUCUACAAUCUUCUUCACGACAACAAUUAAGCAUGCCCAGGCAAUGCAACUGGAGCACCGAUUCCGUACAACUGUGAAGGGCCAACUCUCCAUCAACGAAUAUUGUCGCCUUCUCAAGAACCUCUCCGAGUAUCUUGACGAUGUGGAUGCCCCUGUCACCGAACAUGCUCUUGUACUCCAGGUUCUUCAAGGCCUCCCACACGACAUCCGAAGUCAAGUUCAAUUUCUGCAAUAUCAAAAUCCACUCCCGACGUUCUUGGAAGUUCGGUCCGCCUUGCUCCUCGUUGAACAGCAACAAACCGACGCCGUAUAUGGUGCCGGCGCGCCGUCCACAGCCCUUCUCAGCACCGGCGGCGGCGGCGGACAAGCGGGCAGCAGACACCGACAUGACCGAGGCAGCGGCUACGGCGGAUCUGGGAGCAACGGUAGCGGCGGAUUUGGCAACGGCUCUGGCGGGCGCGGUAGGACCUCCGGCGGUGGUAGUGGAGGCGGCAACCGCGGCGGCGGUCAAGGUUGUGGCGGUGGCGGCAAUCAGCGGCAACCCUCGGACCCGAAUCCCUGGACAUUUCCCUCCCCUUCCCCCGGGUUACUUGGGCCAGGGCCCUAACCGCCCCACCCCCUAGCCCAAGCCCACCUUCACCAAAGCCCAUAUUUACCCAACCCCUCCUACCCAACACCCGGCCCAAUUCACCCAACCCCAAACCCAUUCCCCCACUACCCAACCCAGCCCUCCCCAGACCCGAAUCUCACCCCCCCAGCUAGGGGUGUAAACGAACCGAAUCGAAGCGAAUACUGAUAUAUUUGAAUUUGUAUUUGUUUAAUUUUUUCGAAUACGAAUCUGAACCCGAGUAUGAGACAAAUUCAAAAUAAGUAUUUGAUUAAUAU